AUGGCGCCGCGACUCACGAAAUGGCACUUCAACAUUGAUUCAUACCUGAAUCCCUGGAUCCCAAGGAACCCGAGUCACCGGCUGCCAUAUCCUCUGGCACGAUUCCUUGGCCAUCGGCACCCAGACCGGCCUCAGCAGGCAGUCGGCAACCUCGUUUACAUCUUUUGGGCCUUUGUUGGCGUCUUUGCGUCCAUCUUGCUCAUACUGACCGUGAAUCACCAUGUCGGUGAAUUCCGCGCGCAUGAUGCGCCCAUGAUAGUAGCCAGUUUUGGAGCCGCCGCAGUCCUUGAGUUCUACUCCAUAGAGGCCCCGCUGGCCCAACCACGGAACGCCAUCCUCGGGCAGGUCGUCAGCGCCCUCGUCGGAACCAUCGUCGCCACCAUCUUUGGCGGCCCGGAACGGCUGCUGCAGAGCACGUCCGACGACCCGACUCUCGGUUUCCGUUCCCUCGUCUACCGCUGGGUCGGCGGAGCUCUGGCGUGCGCCGCCGCGACGGCCUGCAUGGCCCUGACGGGGACGGUCCACCCGCCCGCGGGUGCCACGGCGCUGAUGGCCGUCGUCGACGACCGCAUCCUCGCGCUCGGCUGGUGGUACAUACCCAUAAUGCUGCUGGGGUGCGCCUUGAUGCUGGGUGUUGCGCUGCUGGUCAACAACGUGCAGCGCAGGUUCCCGGCCUACUGGUGGUCUCCCGAGGAGACGGGCUCCGCAUGGCAAAGGGACGGCAAGGAGCCCAAGGGCAAAUCGCAUGCGGAGAUGAACACGGCCAAGAUCGAAGUUGACCCGGCGCAGGAUCUUGAGGCGAGCUCCACAGAGGCGGAGGGCGAGCAGUGCAUUCUCAUCGCCAGAGGGUUGGUAGAGGUGCCGAAUCACGUACAUCUAUUACCAGAGGAGAGGAACCUGCUAGAGGAGAUUAGCUUCAGGAUCUAG